CCUAAAGGGUUCACAAACUUUCAAGCACCACUGUAUGUGUUCAGUAUGAGUUCACCAUUACCUCAUUCACACUGACACUGAAAACCAUUUAUUGAUGGAAUGGUGUCAUGUGUCAACGGGAGUAAAACAGUAAAGUGGGAACACAAAUCUCUCCUCUGGUGACCCAGUAACAUUAACGCUAAUCUUCUGUCACAGCUCCAGUGGGAACCAUUGGAUUUAGAAUCGUUGGAUUAAUGUGUGGUGGUGACAUUGCUGGAGGUGACAUAAACAGUGUUUCCCACAGAUCUGAAAUAUAGUUGUGCUAGUAUCUGGCGGAAAGAGCUGCUGCACAGAAACCUUGACUACAUGUAAUUUCACAUCACAUUGGAAUCUGCUCUGCUUGCCCAGAUUGGAAUCUGCUCCACUCCAGCUUUAAACGGGCCCACAUCACCCUUCUACUGAAAAAACUGACCCUGGACCCCUCUGUCAUCCAGAACUAUGGUUUCUCUUCUCCCCUUCCUCUCAAAGAUGCUUGCACAUGUUGUUGCUAACCAACCCUCCUCUUUUCUCUCUUAGAACAACCUCCUGGAUCCUCACCAGUCCAGCUUCUGAUCCAGAUGCUCAACUGAGACUGCGCUUCUCUCUGUCAGUGAGGCAGUUCAUGCAGCAUGUGCCACCUCCCUCUCCUCGGUCCUGAUUCUCCUAGACCUUUCUGCUGCAUUUGACACUGUUGAUCACCCCAUCCUCCUAUUAUCCUUAUCAGUUCUAGGGAUCUGCAGGACAGCCCUAGACUGGUUCAAGUCCUAGCUCUCCAGUCAUGUCUUCCAGGUUAACUGGUCUGAUACUAUAUCAGCAUCACGCUCACUUACGACCGGCAUCCCUCAAAGUUCAGUCUUUGGUCCGCUUCUCUUCUCCUGCUACACCCAGUCUCUCAGCCUGAUGAUCUCUGCUCAUGGUCUAUCCUACCAGUGAUACACUGAUGACACCCAACUGUUUCUCUCUUUUCCUCCUUCUGACAUGCAGAUCUCAGCUUGCAUCUCUGCUUGCCUGAGCACCUGACCAAUGUAAUGUAAUGGUACUGAUCCAGAGCUGGAUUGACAACCAUUACCUGAAGCUCAACACAGGCAAGACGGAGGUAAUCAUCUACAUUCCUGCUCCAUUCUCUCCACCCCGGACAUCAUCCUCUCCCUGGGGGACAUCUCUAGGUCACCUUCACCCAGUGCAAAAAACCUAGGGGUCGUGUUCGAUGACAAACUCUCCUCCUCGGCGAACAUCGCUGCAGUGACUUGGACAUGUAGAUUCCUCCUCUACAAUAUCUGAAGGAUCCGCCCUUUUCUUACCACCUACUCUACUCAGCUCCUGUGCCAAGUGCUGAUCCUCUCCUUGUUGGCCUUGCAUCAUCUGCCAUCAUCAGACCCCUGCAGCUCAUCCAGAAUGCUGCAGCUCGCCUGGUCUACAACCUCCUUCGUUCCUCCCAUAUCAGUGCUCUGCUUGCUGACCUUCACUAGCUACCUAUCACAGCUCGCAUCUAAUUUAAGAUGUUGAUGCUAGCUUACCAGGCUCUCAAGGGGUUAGGUUCAGCAUACCUCCAGAGUCUGUUCCACCCCUACAUGCCAGCCAGAUCCCUAUGCUCCACUACUAUUGGUUACCUGGCCCCCCUCCUCUCCACUUCUGUCCCACCUGCUCAAGACUGCCAUCUGUCCUGGCUCCCCAUUGGUGGAAGGACCUUCUCAUUGAGGUCAGGACUGCCGACUCCCUGCUCACCUUCAAGCGCAGACUGAAGACCCACCUCUUCAGGCCGCACCUCUCCCCUGCCCACUGUGUAACUGCGUUUUGGUCUAGACUAACCCAGGCUGUGUACUGGAUCUUAAUCAACUAAUUAUGUGACUUAUGAAGUGAAUUGGUUGGAGCAGCUCUUAUUUAGGAGUUUCAUAUGAAAGGGGGUGAAUACUUAUGCACACUCCAGAUUUCUGUUUUUUCAUCUUAAUUAUUGUUUGUAUCACAAUAAAACAACAGUUUGCCCCUUUAAAGUUGUAGGCAUGUGUAAAUCAAAUGGUGCUAACCGUCCAGAAAUCCAUUUUAAUUCCAGCUUGUAAUGCGACAAAAUGGGACAAACAUCAAGGUGGGUGAAUACUUUUGCAAGACACUAUAUGUUCAUUAUUAUUUACCUAUCGCACACAACAUUCUCCUUCAGACUUAUUUGCUAAAAUGAGUAAAGUCAAUAGACUUUAUUUAUUUUAGCAAAUAAGUCACAAAAUAACCGCUGCUCCUCCACAUCGAAAGGAGUCAGUUGAGGUGGUUUGGGCACCUUGUUAGGAUGCCCCCGGACGCCUCCCAAGGGAAGUUUUCUGGGCAUGUCCUACUGGGAGGAGACCCCGGAGCAGACCCAGGACACGCUGGAGAGAUUACAUCUCUCGGCUGGCCUGGGAACGCCUCGGUAUUCCCCCAGAAGAGCUGGUGGAGGUGGCCAGGGAGAGGGAAGUCUGGGCUGCUCUGCUUAGGCUGCUACCCCCUUGACCCAGAUCCGGAUAAGCGGUAGAAGAUGGAUGGAUGGAAGUCGCUAAAUUUUAAUCCUCAGUAUGCAGUAAUCUUAGUUAAGUACCAACUAUGAUGACUAACAAAUGUCUUCUGACUAUUCAGACUAUUGAACUGGAUUAAUCUGGUUCAUUGAGUCAAACAACCUAUAGAUUAUGGCGUACUGCUCUUUGUGUACUAUAAGGUUGUGUGAGUAUUCACGUGCAAGUAUUCCAAUGUGUGGGAAACUGUAAAUGAUGAUCCGGUGAUAUUGUGGUGAAACUACUGACACCUCCACAGUGUGAAGACUCAAACUGCCUCACUGUAAAACCUCCGGCCACAAACUUAAAACGACAAACAUCAACAAACACAACUGGAAAUUGGAAUGAAUUGUACAUCAUAUCCGGUCUCACAUGCUUUAAACAUCUCACAGAGGUUCACGCUCUGUAGAUCCUGUUAGAUCCAGUCAGGUGGGAGAACACCACACACAUUACUUUAGUCUGAUGGAAGACUGAGUGGGAAUGGAGACGAGUUCUCCAUAACAGGGUGUUUUUACCUGAUACAGUCACAGGUUUGGUUUGUGUGUUCAGUAUGACGGUUUCGCUAUAGUGCACAGAGGUGCGGGGGUAAUUGCGAAUUACCAGAGGUCCAUAGGUAAUACUUAUCCCAUGCGAAUCGUACUUUUGUUCACUGUGUAAGUGUUUUUAGGUCCCUCUCUCUCAUACUCCCUUUCCGUCUCUCUCUUUUCUCUUUUUUUCUGCCUGCCUCUGUCUCUCUAUUUCUAUAUCAGUGUCUCUAUCUGGAGUAAUAAAUCACAGUUAUGUUCAGGUUUGUUUCCUUUCUGUGUGUUCAGUCUGUCAGUACUACUCUGUUAUAAAGAGUGUGUGUGUGUGUGUGUGUGUGUGUGUGUUAGUUAUCUGGUUAAGUGCUGCCUGCAGACGCCCUGUGUGAGCUGGCGGCUGCCAGAGACGUAGAGUCCCUCAAGAGACACAGGAAACUUUCUUUCUGUCUCUCUGUCUGUCUCUGUCUCUCUGUCUGUCUCUUGCUCUAGCUAGCUAGGCUAGUGGACUAAAAAAAUAUCUCUCUGAAACACACACACAAAAUGUAAAAGAUGUAAUGAUACAAACAAAACUGUCUUUCCAUCACACUAAUAGAACGUGUGUGUGUGUUGAUGAGUGAUUAUUAUUAUUAUUAUUAUUAUUAUUAUUAUUAUUAUUAUUGAUUUAUUUUAUUUAUCUUAACACAUGCACUGAGCUAAUGAAGCCCUACAUGAUUUUAUCCUUUAAAUAUGUUCAUUUUAUCACUGUACUUUUUUAAUUAUUAUUAUUUAAAGUUGUUUUGGGGGAAAAAUUAGUAAAACUGCAACCGUCUGUGAUUGUCACACUAAUUAAAUUUUUGAAAACUCAAAACAAUACAGGAAUUUAAUGCAUUUGAAUUUCAGGUUUCUUCGCGUAUAGAUAUGAUUCUUAAAUCUUCUAUUUGUAGACAUUUCACCUCCAUUUUUAUUUACAGAACAAAAACCUGUUUACUGUGAACUGGAACAGGAUCCGUGAGUAAUAACCAUUUAGUUAGAAGCUAAUAAUUGUUACAUCACACUGUAGUGUGUGUGUGUGUGUGUGUGUGUGUGUGUGUGUGUGUGUUGUUCAGUAGCUCUGCAGUGAUAGUGAUGUUUACAGGAGCAGAUCACUGAUCAGUGUGUGCACACGUCCCUGAUAAUACACAAUCAGGAGUUCAGUCUCACACGCACACACACACACACACACACACACUUUUAAUAAUACACUGGGAUGUAAUGAACUCGAACCCUAACCCUACAACUAAACAUUUAGUUAAUUAUGUCUGAACUUUAUGCCACUUUGAAAUUGAUUUCUAUUUGAUUGUAAAAUAUCAAAUUAGAAUAAUGAAUUAGUUUUUCUAAAUAUUUAUUUUAGGGUUAUGAAGCCACGCCCAUUUGCUAGCGCACCCCUCUAUUUAACCACGCCCCUUCGCGAAUUCUUAUCGCUCGUGCUGGUAACAUCACUGUGACGUCAAGGCCCUUUUUUGCGGCUGUUUGGCGCGCGGUGGAUAAAAGCCUUCAGGAGACUCUCUCUCUCACACACACACACUGGGAGCUGAGGCGCAUGCGCACUCUCUCUCUCUCUCUCUCUCUCUCUCUCUCCCCUGAUAGACUUUUCCGUGACAGUUUGUGAUUUUUUUUUAGUGUUUCUGGUGAAUUUUGUUUUAUUUGAUGAGUUAAAUCAGUGUUGUUUUUUUUCCCUCUCUGUGAACAGAAGCUGAAUACCGGAAAUGACGCUCGGGCACUCAUUAUCAUAUUAUUCACCUUCAUCUACCUUAAUUUCUUUAUCAUCAUUAUCCACCUCAUCCUGUCCAGUCGCGCGCGGCUCCAUCAAGAAGAAUCGGAAGUUCCGGUCUACUAAAGGAGCUUCUAAAGCGCGGCGGGAUUUAAUUAACGCAGAAAUCCUGAAGCUGCGCGCGCUGCUGCCAGUCAGUGCUGAAGAGCGCGAGCGUCUCUCCUACCUGCACGCGAUGUCCGUCAUCUGCACAUUCAUCCGGAAAUCCGCCCUGCUCGCGCGUGAUGGAGUGUGUGUCGGCGGUAGUGAUGAAGGUGUGACUCCUACAUGUGAAGAUCUCCUAAAUGCACUUCCUGGUUUUUUGGUAGCCAUGACGACUGAAGGGAAGUUACUGUACGUCUCGGAGAAUGUCUCUCACUACCUCGGCCUGUCCAUGGUGGAUGUUCUCCAGGGAGACACAUUUUACAGCAUGAUCACCAACAACGACACACAAAAAGUCAAAUUUUACCUGCAGGACGAGAAUCUACAGACAGAGAGGAGUUGUGUGUGUGUGUUCAGGACUAAUAGACAGUGCUGCCCCCUGCUGGUCAGGCUACGUGUGUUCGACCCACAGCAGUGUCUCAUUGUGGCUCUGUGUUCACCGUCACUGAGAGAGAGAGACAGCUUUACUACCACACACACACUGGACAUGAGAUUCACACACACACACAACAGUGUGGUGUUACAUUUGGGUUAUGAGGUGGAGGAGCUGAUUGGUCAAUCCUGGUACAGCAUCAUCCAUCCUGAUGACCUCAUACUGAGUGCCAGAGGACACAAGCAACUGAUGCACUCUGAGCAGGUAGACUUGGUGCUGCGAGUGCAGGAUAAACAGCUGAAUUGGGUUUGGCUUUACAUCAUCGCUACCAAAUGCACACAGAGUCACAUGAUCACCUGCACCAAUUACAUCAUCAGUGAAGUCGUGGCCGUGGACCUGAGACACAAACUCAGUGCCGUGUCAUCAAUUUCUUCUACUCCAUCCCUCAGUCCUCCAGUAUCCAAGAAUUCCCAGCACUCCACCAAGAGGCCAGCAGAGGGCAGUACUGAGAGCAGGAGAAGGAAAAACAGACGAGUGUCUUCAGCAGCAUUUUCCUCUCUAUACAUCAGCCCAAAUUCCUCCUUUUCUUCUCCAGCACAGGAAGAUGGCAACAUAGACUACCUGUUCAGCUCUUCAGCAUUUUGCCCAUUUUACCCCACCCCUCCUCAGAACUUCCAAUGUCCCAGCUUUGACUCCACGUCACUGACUCUGCCUCCGUUCUGUGACCCUACUGAGGUCAGUGUUCCGGACGACCACGCAGAACUUCCUGGCAGCUUGUCUGAGAGUUUCCUGUACUUCGAGGACUUUCAUUCUUUUCCUUCAUCAGUGACAGGAAGUGGUAGAACAUUCCACGCCCCAGAGGAUUAUGGGUGGUCAGGUCUGUUGACUCUGCCUCCUCCUGCUCUACAUUACAGUGAGAUGGAGCAGGCUGAGAUCAGUAUUCUUGCCCAGCAGAUCUCCUCUCUGGCCAGCAGCUUUGAUACAUACUGUACUAAAAGUUCCACCCAUCGAGCUGACCACAUUUCUGGCUCACAAUCUUGUGCCCCUGAGGCCUGCCUGUUGGAUGAGGAGGUGAUCGACAGUGUAAUGCAGGUUCCCAGGGCUACAUUGGAGGUUCAGGCUCUUGAGGCUCUGCUGGACUUCGAAAGGUGUUCAGAGGAACAACAUGAGUUCAGCCUUUAUUCACACACACAGCAAGAUGGGUUUAAUGAUGAACCUCUGUAUUAAAAUAGAACAUAUCUGUGACUCCGCCCCCUCUGUCUGGGAGCCACCGACCUGGUACCUUGUCAUGUUGUCAUGAGAAUCAGCAGCUGUCUUUCCUCACUGUUGCCAUGAGAACGGGCUAACUAUGUUUUCAAUCAUCAAAAAUCCAUCCAUUAUCUGUAGCCGCUUUAUCCUGUUCUACAGGGUCGCAGGCGAGCUGGAGCCUAUCCCAGCUGACUACGGGCGAAAGGCGGGGUUCACCCUGGACAAGUCGCCAGGUCAUCACAGGGCUGACACAUAGACACAGACAACC